UGGGCCGGGAGGAGACACCCACCGCCGCGGGCACCUCCUCCCGGCCGCGCGGCGGAGGAGGCCGCGGCCUGGGUGAGGGGCCGGGGGAGCGGGUGCGGCGGGAAAUGGCGGCCGGGCCGGGCUGAGGGGGGACGGGAGACGCGCCAUGAGGCUGCUGCGCGCCCUGCGGCGCUGCGCCUCCCCGGGCAGCAUCCCGCAGCAGGUGGACUUCUACUCGCGCUUCUCCCCCUCGCCGCUCUCCAUGAAGCAGUUCCUGGACUUCGGAUCUGAAAAUGCUUGUGAAAAGACUUCAUUUAUGUUUCUGCGACAAGAGUUGCCUGUUAGAUUGGCAAACAUAAUGAAGGAAAUAAGCCUGCUUCCAGACAACCUUCUAAGAACACCUUCAGUUCAGCUGGUGCAGAGCUGGUAUGUCCAAAGUCUUCAGGAGAUCCUUGACUUUAAGGACAAAAGUUCAGAAGAUUCAGGGGCUAUUCAUAGUUUUACAGAUACUGUGAUAAAAAUCCGGAAUCGGCACAAUGAUGUAAUUCCUACUAUGGCUCAAGGAGUAAUAGAGUACAAGGAAAGCUUUGGCAUUGAUCCAGUGACCUCGCAGAAUGUGCAGUAUUUUUUAGACCGCUUCUACAUGAGUCGCAUUUCAAUUAGAAUGCUCCUUAAUCAACACUCUUUACUGUUUGGUGGGAAAAUUAAUCCAGCUCAUCCAAAGCAUAUUGGAAGCAUCGAUCCUAGCUGCAAUGUUGUUGAAGUUAUCAGAGAUGGCUAUGAAAGUGCCAAGAGACUUUGUGAUUUAUAUUAUAUGAGCUCUCCAGAACUCAUCCUUGAAGAAUUGAAUGCUAAAUCACCAGGACAGCCCAUGCAAGUGGUGUAUGUACCAUCACAUCUCUAUCACAUGUUUUUCGAACUUUUCAAGAAUGCAAUGAGAGCCACCAUGGAACAUAAUGCUGAUCGAUGCAUUUAUCCUCCAAUUCAUGUACAUGUCACGUUGGGAAAUGAGGAUUUAACUGUUAAGAUGAGUGAUCGUGGUGGAGGUGUUCCUAUGAGGAAAAUUGACAGACUAUUCAACUAUAUGUAUUCAACAGCACCACGUCCACGUGUUGAGACAUCUCGAGCUACACCUUUGGCUGGAUUUGGUUAUGGCUUGCCCAUAUCACGUCUGUAUGCGCAAUACUUCCAAGGAGACCUGAAACUGUAUUCCUUAGAAGGUUAUGGUACAGAUGCAGUUAUUUACAUAAAGGCCUUAUCAACCGAAUCAAUUGAAAGACUCCCUGUGUAUAACAAAGCAGCCUGGAAACAUUAUAAAGCAAACCACGAAGCAGAUGACUGGUGCGUGCCAAGCAGCGAGCCAAAGGACAUGACCACUUUUCGCAGUAUAUAGCUGUUGGCCCAACAGUUGAUAAGAUAUAGGUAUAUCACAUAAAGGGAAUUUAAAAGACCUUGGUCUAUGCCAAGAUGCUGGGCCACAUUUCAUAUGUGAAAAUCAUUUUAAGUGGAAUAACAAAGUUUAAUUCAAUUACUCUUUUUUGGAAGUUAAGGAAAAGUAAUAAGCUGUUGAUACUUUCUAAGUAAGAAGGUCACAUUUAAUUUGUUCCACCUUCUGUUUAUGACUACUUUCUGUAGUUAAAUCAAGGGAGCAGUAAUUUCAGGUUUUAUAGGGAUCAGUGCAACCUAUUUCAUAUCUACUGAGAAAUGUAUUAAUUCAUAUAAUUAAAAAAAUGUUUUAAUACAAGAACUAUUGAAAAAGCUUGCCAGAGAACUUUUCCUUUAUACAAUGUUACAGAUUAAUGAAACACUGAUGUAAGAAACAUUAAGGAGUUCAUUGCUGUACCUUUGAGCCUGUAUGGAACUUUCUGUUCCUUGAUCUUAUAAGCAUGCUGAAGCCUAAUGUUGCAAAGCUAGGAAUGUUGCCUACACACUAUACAUCAAGUUUUUUGUUUUACAGCUGUAGAGAUCACACUUAGGGCUUUAGGAAUAAUGAAAAAAAAAAAAUCAGUUCUAGCUGCUGCCACUGGUAUAAUGUAUCUCAGGUAUGUGGUAUCAGUCAUAUUUCUUUAGUGGUAAUGUGAAUAUUUAAUAUGUGAUAAACUUAUCUUUCCAUGAUCAUUGUGAAUUAGCAAACAGUGUUGGCUUAUGUACAGUAAAGGUAUACUGUCUUAUAUUUGCUUGUAUUUCCGUAGGUAAUACCAAAACAGCAUCAGUGUUCUAGCCCUAGUGAGAUCUCAGACUCUGGGGUAUGUCAGGUUACAGUUGUAAAUGAAAAAUAUUUUUAAUAAACAAACAUUUUUAAAACUUACCUUUAGUAGGGCAUCUCUCACUUUGACAAUAUAAACUACCUUCUCAGAAGUAUUUAAAAAAUGUGGAAUUAACAGUUUUUGAAAAUACCUUUGUAUUUGUGGUGUGCUUCUGGCUUCAUUUAUCUAGUAACUUGAAGUCAUACUAUAACGUAAAUAAGGUAAGCAGAAUAUGUCAUCAGUCAAUGGCAAACUGUCAAAACAACCGUGGAAGACAGAAGGGGACAAGCAUAACAUUUCAGGUACUAAGUCCUUUUUUAAUAAAGGAUUCAACUUCUCUUAAUGCCUACCGUGCCAGAUUUGUUCAAGUUAGACACAUCUGUGUUGUACCUUUGAUUCAUACCAUUCCUCAAUAUUUUAGGAGUGGUACAGUUAAAGACCUUUAAAAUGAAGCUUUUGCCUUGAAUAAUUCAUUGCCUGUACUGCUGUGAUUAAGUUAUGCAGCACAGAUGCAUGAUCCCUCUCAGAAUGAGUGAGCCUAAGUUUUGCUGGUUUAUUUGCUUUGCACAGAGCAGAAGGUGAGAUACCACAAGUGAAGGGCAUAGCUGGUACAUUAGAACUUGUGGUCACACAGUUCUAGUUGUGCCUGAGCCAGAUUAAAGAUUAUCACCUGUUCCUCCCUAACCUAGUUCUGCAAAGCAGAUGUUUUUAUACUCUGUUCAAGCUAACACGGGUCGAUUUUACAGAGUGGAUUACAGAAUGGCUAUGUAUGCAGUUAAACUGACACUGAGGGAGGAUUACUCUAGCUUAACUGUACUGUUCUGGUUGUGAUUAACUGCUCUGCUCAAGCUUGUGGGCACUUAACGUCCCUAUUUUUCUUCCAUACACGGCUGUGAGGUGGUGACUGUUUGACAUACCUUUCAUGCAUGCAUGGCUACAAGUGACGAGAAGCUAUAGCUGUUCUCUUCAACCCUGUAAGAGGAUGACUGUGAGAAAUUCCACAUAUUGUAAAAUGGGGCCUGUACAAAAGUUAGAGAGAAUGUCUGCAGCUGUUACGUUUGCUGAACUAAAGCUUAAAGCUAUAGCAAAGGCUUUUAAAAACUCAGCGCUGAAGCUGAACAUUCUAGCUCUAACGCUAAGUUUUAAAUAUUUAACUAACUUAAUUGAACAAUUUUAGUAAUACCUGAGGACUACAAGAAAUGUUUUUGAAGAAAAGCUAAAUCAUUUUUUUUCCUAGGAAGUUAUUAAAAUACUUCAUAUGGUGUUAUUGAAAUAAAAGCCCUUUCUUGCUCUCUGCUAGCUACCAAUUAAACUGAUUAUUAGAAAAACUUGCCAUGUAAUUAUACUUGUCUCCCCUUCCUUACCUUCCAUCCCAAGUGAUUGUGGUAAAAACACACGUAUUGAUAUAUUUGUUUACAAUGUUUAACCCUAUUCAUAAGCUUGAUCUCUUACUUUUGAUGGAAAUAGAAGUUCAAACAAUGAUUUUUAAAAUAUUUUCAUUACUGUACUGCUGUCAUUACUAGCACACAAAGUUGAAGUGAAUCACUAUAGUAAAGUAGUAUAAUAGCUCAGCUAUCAAAACGCUGAGUUUAAUAGUUUUGUAUAAAAAUGAACUCAGUCUUGCACUGUAAAAGUAAUUUUGGUUUGUGUUAACUUAAUUUUUUUUAAAGAAUCACUACAUUUAUUCAUUAAAAGUAUUUUUAAAAUUA